UCGGCGAGAGUCUCAGCUGUUCCGGAAGAAGAUUUGGCGCUAGUUUGGAGUCGGUGACCGACAGAGAGAGUUCUCUUCACGAUCCGGAGCCGAGAGGACGUGUUUUACCUCCUGCUGCAGACCUGAGCUCCUCAUCAGCGCCUGACUAGAACCAAACAUGCCUAGGACCCGCUCUCAGGGGCAGACUCAGCCCACCCUGCAGUUCCCGCGCCGCAAAUCCUGCCGAGCAUCCGUGCACCCAGACACCCCCCGGGUCAUGAAGGUCUCAGCCACGCCAGAGCGCCUUUCUGCCAGCCGGGUUCGGCUCGGGCCGAUCUCUCCGGUGCGGUCAGCACUAGUGUCACCCAGGCGGGCCGCUGCAGAGGGCCCUGUGUCACCCCUGAAGCAGAAAGCUGCUCUCCCGUCUCUCUCAGCCAAAGGCUCCACAGCUCCACCGACACCGCCUUCCUCCCCCGCCCUGCAAAGCCGAGUCCCUCUGAGCCCCCGGAAGCGCACAGGUGAUGAGAACGGCUGCAAUGUGCCGUGUUCCCCCCCGAAGCAGAAAAGACCUGAUAUGGCCGCACCCCGAAAACUGGGCUUCGACGAGAACUCCCCGGCGUCGGCCAGCGACGAGCCCCAGCAGACCCCUCCCUGUCAGCGGCGGUCUCCCAGCAGACAGGAAACGCCUCCAGGGAGUCCCCAGCCCCCCCACCCAGAGAGGAGGCCGCCUGUCGCCUGCCUGUUUCCAGACAAGUCCAGGUUUAAAAGCGUGAAGCAGGCGCUCCACACCGCCAUCCCAGAGCGUCUCCUGUCCAGAGAAGCUGAGCAGGCGUCCAUCCGCUCCUUCCUGCAGGACAAGGUGCUGCAGCGCGUCCCCAGCAGCCUCUACAUCUCAGGGGCCCCGGGGACCGGCAAGACCGCCUGCCUUAACUGUGUGCUCCAGGACAUGAAGGCUGAGCUGGCAGCAGUGAAGACGGUGCUGGUGAACUGCAUGAGUCUGCGGAGCUCCAAUGCCAUUUUCCCUCUGUUGGCCCACAGGCUGAAAGCAGCCGGUGGGCAGAGCGGCCUCCAGAAGUUUCUGACGGCCCCGGGGCCCACAGUACUCCUGGUUCUGGAUGAAAUGGAUCAGCUGGACAGCAAAGCUCAGGACGUGCUCUACACCAUCUUUGAAUGGCCGUAUCUGGCCCAGUCCCGUCUCUGUCUCAUCGGCAUCGCCAACGCUUUGGACCUGACCGAUCGCAUCCUGCCCAGACUGCAGGCCCAGCCUCACUGUCGCCCCCUGCUGCUGCACUUCCCUCCCUACAGCCGCCAGGAGCUGACCACCAUCAUACAGGACAGGCUCUCUAAGGCUGCUGCUGAGGGGAUGCUGGACACGUCUGCGGUCCAGUUCUGCGCCAGGAAGGUGUCGGCCGUGUCCGGAGACGCCAGGAAAGCUUUGGACAUCUGCAGGAGAGCGGUGGAGGCUGCAGAAGCGGCCCAAAGGCAGAAGGCGUCCGGUUCCGGCAGUGAAGCCAAAGGUAGGGUCGGCCGUAGUCCUCAGGAUGGACUCUGUGAUGAGCAGAAACUGAAACCUGAUGGCUCCUGUCUGUCAGCAGCGUCUACGGUGGGCCUCCCUCAGGUGGCGAAGGUUCUGUCAGAGGUGUACGGCGACCGCAUGGCGUCUCACGGCGGCGCUUCGGAUGGAGAGAGCUUUCCUCUGCAGCAGAAGCUGCUGGUGUGCUGCCUGCUGCUGCUCAUCCGCAGCGGGAAGAGCAAGGAGAUCAACCUGGGGAAGCUCCAUGAGGUCUACAGCCGACUGUGCGCCCAGAGGCAGGUGUCUGGAGUGGGCCAGGGGGAGUGUUUGGCGCUCUGUGCGCUGCUGGAGAGUCGGGGAAUCUUCGCUUUGAAGAAGGCCAAAGAGGCUCGUCUCACAAAGGUGUUCCUGAAGAUCGAAGAGAAGGAUGUGGAGAACGCCCUGAAGGACAGAACGCUUCUGGGCAGCAUCCUGACUGCAGGACUUCCCUCCUGAUGCCUCGUCGUCUUUUACAAUUAGUCUAAAUUAUGACUUUUUCUUUUUAAUGAAUUUUAAUGGCUUCAUUUUUUUGGUUCACUGCUCAGUUGUUUUGAGUGGGAUUCAUUGGUACUGCAAUGUUCAGUUUUUUUGUGCUGUAAAUAAACCAAUUUACAGACUUUAAA